AUGAUCUACGCAAGAGUUCCCCUUCGUUAUCAUAAGAACUUUCUUUUCUUUCCUCGUCUCUCCUCCUUUUCUUCAUCGUAUCUGUUGAUUCCUCCCUCUCAUUCUUGUCAUGAUUACAGUACUGGUUCAAGCUACCCUUCAAAUCAAAGUUCCAGCGUUGGCCAACUCACUAAACUGGAUGAUGCCCUCCAUAUGUUUGAUCAAAUGCGUCACAGGCAACCUCCUCCUUCCAUCAUCGAAUUUACUCGCCUGAUUACUCUUAUAGUAAAGAUGGAACAUUACUCCACAGCGCUUUCACUUUUUAAGAAAUUAAAUUUGAUGGGUAUAUCAAGUGAUCUCUAUGCAAUGACCAUUGCUAUCAACUGCCAUUGCCGCCUUAACCAACUGACCUCUGGUUUUGCUUUAUUAGCCACCAUCUUCAAGAAAGGUCAUCCACCCAAUGUGACCACCUAUAGCACUCUCAUAAAUGGGCUCAUUUUGGCUGAUCGGGUUUUCGAAGCUGUUGAGUUAUUCAAGAAACUGCUUAAAGAGAAUCUUUGUGAGCCUAAUCAGGUUAUGUAUGGAACUAUUAUGAAUGGACUCUGUAAAGUAGGUCACACUAACAGGGCCCUUGAAUUGCUCAGAUUCUUGGAAGAAGGCUCGUGUAAACCAUGUGUAGAACAAUACAAUUCAAUCAUCACUGGCCUCUGCAAAGAUGGAAUGGUUGAUCAAGCAUUAGAACUCUUUGCCAAGAUGAUCAGAAAAGGUUUACCUGCAACUGUUUACACUUACAACUCAUUGAUUCAGGGUCUAUGUAUCUGUGGUCGAGAAAUGGAGGCCGAUCAAAUGCUAAAAGAUAUGGAGGAUGAAGGAAUCUCUCCGGGGGUGCACACCUUUACGAUCUUGGCAGAUGCCUUUUGCAAACAAGGGUCCAUAGAAGAUGCAGAACGGGUUGUGGAACGGAUGAUACAAAGAGGUUUGGAUCCAAACGAAAUCACUUAUAGUGCACUAAUCGAUGGAUACUGUUCACGUGGUGAAAUAGAUGAAGCCCAGAAAGUUCUUGACCUCAUGUUGGAAAGAAAUCUUGUGCCCAACAUAAUCACUUAUAGCAGCCUGAUAAAUGGAUACUGCAAGAAGAAGCAAAUCGAUGAGGCCAUGGAUCUUUUUAGAGAACUCCCAGAUAAGGGUUUGGUUCCUAAUCUUUUUACUUACAAUUGUUUGUUACAAGGUUUGUUUAAAACGGGUAAUUCUGCAGCCGCUAAAGAAAUCUUUAAGGAGAUGCAAGCCAAUAAAUUGUUGAAAGAUGUAGGUUUGUAUACUAUCUUGAUUAAUGGUUGUAUCAAAUGUGGGAAGCCUAAGUUGGCCAUGGAUAUGUUUGAUGAGCUUUCUCUGAAAGGAUUGAAACCGGAUGUUAGGACUUAUACGGUGAUGAUUCAUGUGCUUUGCAAAGAUGGGUUAUUGGGUAAAGCAAAAGAAUUGCUUGCGAAAAUGGAAGAAAAUGGUUGUUUGCCAAAUAGCAUCACGUAUAAUGUUAUUGUUCAAGAGUUCUUGAAGCAAAACGAGUGUCGAGAGGCAGAGAUUCUUCUCGAGGAAAUGAUCAACCGGGGUUUCUCGCCUGAUUCUACUACAUUUUCGAUGUUGUUAAGCUUAAUCCCGAGCGUAGGACAAGAUUCUCCUAUGCGAACUAUCGUUCAUAAACUAACGAGGGUUGAAAGAAGAGAUGGUGCAGUACCUGAUUUAUCAACUUGGUCCAUUUCCUCAACUUUUCAAGGUAAUAUCAAGGGCCAAUUUGGGGUGUUUGAUGAUAGUUGUUGAUC